AUGCAGUUCUUCAAAUCCCUCCCUACCGUUCUCGUCCUCCUCACGUCUGCCCUCGCGGCCACAACCGUCGACCAAACCUUCACCCGCAUCGACAAAGACAAAGCCAUGCUCCUGGUCGUCGACCACCAACUCGGUCUCUUCCAGCUCGUCCGCGAUUUCUCCCCCGACCAGUUCAAAAACAACAUCCUCGCACACGCCGCUCUCGGAAACGUUUUUGACCUCCCCACGGUCCUCACCACAAGCGCCGAGACAGGCCCCAACGGGCCUCUUCCGCAGGAAAUCCUUGAUAUGCACCCUGACGCACCACUCAUUAAACGUAACGGCGAGGUCAACGCUUGGGAUAACUCGGAGUUUAGAGACGCUGUGAGGGCUGCAAAUAAGACGCAGAUUAUCCUUGGCGGGAUUGUCACCGAGGUAUGCACAGCCUUCCUAGCAAUGUCCCUCCGUGAGGAGGGAUACGAGGUCUUCGCCAACACGGAUGCCAGCGGAACCUUCAACGAGAGACUGGCAGCAGAAGCAAAUGACCGUAUGUCCAAAGCUGGUGUUACCCUCAUGGGAAAUUUCGCGGUCGCCAUGGAUUUGAUGAGGGAUUGGAGGAACACCCCAGGAACACCGGAGUUGCUUCCUUACUUUGAUAAGUACUUGACGGCGUAUGGCUAUUUGGCGAGAUACCACUCGGCUGCCGUCACGAAUGGUACCUUGUAG